AUGAAUAAUCCUUCAAUUCCUCUUCAACAGCUUCCCGAUUAUUACACUCUCGCCCCACAAAGUUUCGACUAUAACAACAACAUGGUCACGUUUAAGAGUACUUCACUAGUUCAAGAUUGCAUGGCCGUGCCUUGUUUAUCCGAACGGGACUCGAGUUUUCCUGAUUUCGGUUAUACAAAUCGGGUUUUCGAGCCUGGAGAACAAGAAAUCAGCAGUGAAUUACUAAUCCAACCUGAUCACUUUUGGUCUGCUCAUCAAUCUCAAGUAGCUCCUGACAUUAAUUGGGGAUUAUUACAAAGCCAACAAGGAGUAGUACCAAAUGUUGAAGAGUGUCAUGAACAUGAUGAGGUGAAAGUAAUCGGUCGAUACUCGGCUGAAGAAAGAAAACGAAGAAUUCUAAGGUACUUAAAGAAAAGAAACCAGAGGAACUUUAACAAGACCAUAAAGUACGAAUGUCGCAAAACCCUAGCAGAUAAACGUGUUCGAAUCCGAGGAAGAUUUGCCAAGAACAAUGAACAGAACGAAACUUUUGUAGGGACGGCUGGCGGACAAUGUUACGAACAAAAUUUUUCGUUUCUUGAUGAUGAAUCAACAUUAGAGCCACAGCAGAUUAUAUGCGACGACGAUGAUGAUUGGCUGCAAGCAGCCAUGGCUAGUCUCUUGAAUCUGCCUUAUCCAGCUGGUUGA